AUAAUACUAAUAGACAAGGUAAAGUAUACUAUAACAAGAACUUAACAUCUAAUUACACAGAUAAUAAAUCUAAAACAACAUAUAAAGAAGACUACAAAAAGCCUGAAGAUGAUACUUUUA